AUGUCGACGAAAGAGCCAGUGUCCGCAACGGGCUAUGAAUUCACCAAAAGAAAACGCUGGGCAGAUCUCUUGGUAUCAGAACUUGCCGAUACCAUCAUUUUUGUCUUGUCAGGCGAAUGCAAGGUACUGUACGUUGGCACGGCAGUGACCGAGCUGUUGGGCUGGCGCGAGGUGGACCUCGUGGAUUGUGAUUUUGGAGAAAUCGUUUCUGUUGGCGACCAAGACGCUUUCCGGUCGACUUUUUCCGAGAGCGUGCGGACCCACCGGGAUCUACACUCCUAUGCGCGCCUGAAAUGCUCCAAUCAAACUAAUGACGUCCUAUUCGAAAUCAAAUCCCGUAUUGAGGAUGAUUGCUGGUAUACCAUGGCGAGGCCGUAUCCGGGGAAGAAUACGUCCAUGCUGAAUACGUUCUUGGAUUUGAAGUUGGAGAACCAGCGCCUGCAGACGCGGUUGCGUGAGCUUACGGGGAGCUCGUCGCCUAGUGUUAUGACCAAGGGUCCUCUGCCGCUGUUUACGUCUACUUCGAUGGCUGGGGAGACGUUUGAUGGGGGUGGCGGUAAUGGUGGUAUGGUCGGGAGCGGUCUCUACGCCACGGGUAGCCUUGAUGUACAUACCGCUGGUGAAGACGACGAUGGAGGGAAGAAGAAAAAGGCGAAGAAAACGCAUACGUCUGACCAGUAUGUGUGUGUAACAUGCGGGAGGACGGAUUCCCCCGAGUGGCGUAAAGGUCCCCUAGGGCCGAAGACGCUUUGCAAUGCAUGUGGACUGCGCUGGGCAAAGUCGAUGAGGAGAACCGACGACGUGUCGGCGGCAGAUGCGGUUGGAGAAAGCGUUCACUUGACUUGA